AUGCGCGACGAAAAACCCCAGCUUGAUUCCAGCAGCAACAGCCCUGCUGAGUCCGAGAAAAGCCCAGUAUCUAGCCGCACCGAGCCCGACGUCGUGGUUGUCGACUGGGACGGCCCCAACGACCCGGAGUAUCCACGAAACUGGUCCAACGGACGAAAAUGGCUGAACGUGCUUCUCAUCUCCCUCCAAGGGACUCUCUCUCCCAUCGCCUCCACCAUCCUCACCCUCGGAGUCUUCGACAUUGCCAUCGAGUUCCAUCUCACCAGUCCAUACACCCCCGUCCUGCCCAUCGCCUUCUACCUCGUCGGACUAGCAUUAGGACCCCUCGGCGUAGCACCAUGCUCGGAAAUCUUCGGCCGUCGACCCGUCUACACCAUCUGCUUCGCCAUCUUCACCCUGCUGAACGUCGGAUGUGCCCUAGUCCACAACAUGCCCGGCCUCGUCAUCCUACGCUUCCUCGCAGGGGUGGCCGGCUCCGCGGGCCCCAGUCUCGGCGGGAGCAGCAUCGGGGAUCUCUUCUCGCACGAAGAACGAGGCAAAGCCCAAGCCGUGUACGGUCUCGGACCCAUCUGCGGUCCGGUUCUCGGCGGCGUCGUGGGGGGAUUCAUUGCCUACGGGACGAAUGGCUGGCGAUGGAUGCUCUGGGUGGUGACUAUAGCCGCUGGCGUGGUGACGGGUUUGGCCGUGGCGUUUCAGAAAGAAACCUAUGCGCCGGUGUUGUUGCAGCGGAGGAAACGGGCCCUGGAGAAGGCAAACCCGGGGACGGUGUAUUGGGUCGAGGGGGAGUCGGAUGCGACGAAGGUGUUUCGACAGUCGAUCUUUCGUCCGCUACGGCUGUUGUUCUUUUCGCCGAUUUGCACGUUUAUGAGUUUGUAUCUGGCCCUUGUCUUCGGCCUCCUCUACCUCCACAUGGUCACCAUCACCCUCCUCUUCUCCUCCCACCCGGAAUACGGUCUCUACAGCUACCACUGGACGCACGGCACCACCGGCUUGGGCUUCCUCGGCGCCGGCCUCGGCGCCUUCGCCGGCGUCGCCUUCUGCAUGAAAUACUCCAACCCAUCCUACCGGUACUUCGCAUCCCGCUACGCUCAACAAACCGGAGUUGCCACCCGCAUGCCCGAAUUCCGCCUCCCCUUCAUGCAAGUCGGCAUGCUGAUCGUCCCCAUCGGACUAGUGAUUUUCGGCUGGACGGCCGAAUACCACGUCCAUUGGAUCGUGACGUUGCUGGGGGCGGGGAUAUUGGGGUUGGGUAUGGUGACGGCGUAUAUCUGCGUGCAGUCGUAUUUGGUCGAUGCGUUUGAGGAGUAUGCGGCGAGUGCGUUGGCGGCGGCCGUGGUGGCGCGGUUUUUGGUCGCGGCGGUGUUUUCGGUCGUGGGGUUUCAGUUGUAUAAGGCGUUGGGGUAUGGGUGGGGAUCGACGCUGUUGGCGUUGAUAUGUUUGGCGGCGGUGCCGAUUCCGUUCUUGUUGGGUCGGUAUGGGCCGCGAUUGCGUGGGAUUGGGACCGGGGGGAUGGUGUAG